UGGCGAGAGGUCUCUUGGUGGCAGCGAGAGCGGUGGCGUGACGGUCAGCGUGUAGCAGUGCGCGUUGUCAGGGACAAGUUGGUCGCCACUAUUGCUAGAAACCCGGGAGAGAGAGAGAGACGUGUGGCAGCACUGGCCUACCUUCACAGAAGCUAAGGAGCUGGCUGUUGAGCUGUCUGGAUGUGAUUGGGCGCCCUCUAGUGAACACUGCUACUACUACGACCACCAAGCUCUGGAGUCUGACAUUUUCUACUUUUUCAUCCUUACGCAAAUCAAGAGGUCUCUGGUCCACGGUUACGGAGACCAUGUGGGGUUUGGAGCUGCUAAUACCUCUGCUGCUGAUCAUCAAAGAUGUCAGUGGCCAGUGGAACGUGUGGGUACCGCGGGACAUCUCGGCCAUGACUAACUCCUGCGUGGUCAUCCCCUGUACGUUCAUGUACCCGUCGGGCAUCCGGCCGUACCGCGGCAUCCACGGCAUCUGGUACUUCGGCCAGCCCUACCCACAGCUCUUCCCACCCGUGGUGUUCAAGUCCCGAACGGACAUUGUGCACGAAAGCUACAAGGGCCGCACCAAGCUCCUGGGGGAUCUGCACCAGAAGAACUGUACCCUGCUCAUCAGUAACAUCGGCACUGAGCAUUCUGGGAGGUACUACUUCCGCGCCGACCUGGGCGGAGCCAACAUCUAUACCUACCCAGACUUCUCGGAGCUCAAGGUGCUGGACCAGCCCAACAUUGACAUCCCUGAGGAGAUAGUGGCUGACGAGAAUCUGGAGUUGACCUGCUACGCUCCCGAUAACUGUCCAGAAAACAGCCCGGAGAUCCAGUGGAUGUACACAGACUACUUGCCCGAACCAGAGUACACCACAGACUACGUGGAAGAGAGCAACACGGCCGUGCUGUCCAACACACUCUCCUUCAUCCCCAGGCCCAUGCACAACGGUCAGCUGCUGGGCUGCAGGGUGUUUUACCCAAACACCACCCUGGUCUAUGAAAGACUCAUCUCUUUGGACAUCAAGUACGCCCCUCGCUCCGUGUGGGUGAACGUGUCGGCGGAGGUGAUGGAGGGCACCUCGGUGACGCUGCACUGCGAGGUGGACAGCAACCCUCCACCUAGGAUCUCCUGGCUGUUUGGGGAGGAGGAGCUGCUGUGGGACACAGCCUCCAACGUCUCCCUCUCCCUGGACGAUGUGAGACCAGCCCAAGAGGGCAUCUACACCUGCGUAGGGGACAACGGCUACGGUGCCAUGAACACCUCCAUGUACCUGGCCGUCUCCUAUCCUCCCCGUGAGCCUGUGGUGAAUGGCUCCCUGACCGUCCUUGAGGGUUCCUCUGUCUCCCUCCACUGCAGCACCCAGGGCGGCCCGGCACCCACCCUCACCUGGCUGAAGAACGGCGAGCUGGUGGGCACCAUCACAGCGGAGCAGCUCUCUGUGCUGGAGUUGCUGGAGAUCACCCCGCAGGACGACGGCCUGUACCGCUGCCUUGCCGAGAACGAGCACGGUCGUGCCAGCAGUUCCCUCAACAUCACCGUGGAAUAUGCCCCUGUCUUCCUGGAAGAGUCCAAGUGCACGGUGGUGAGGGAGGGUGUACAGUGUGUCUGCAUCGCUACGGGCAACCCCGAGCCUACCAUUGAGUUCUUCUUGCCUGACAAGAACAUCACCAUCAAUGACACGGACGGACGUUACAACUACUACACACAUACGGACGGCCACACAUCCACAGGCAUGAUCAAGCUGCGGGAGAAGGGCGAGCGCCUGGGCAAUGGCGCUGUCAAUGUGCACUGCAGCAUAAGCAACAUGUAUGGCUCCGAGAGUGUUCACCUGGAACUGCAGCAGGAGAAGAAGUACAUGAUGGCAGUGAUCGUUGGCACCAUCGGCGGUGUAGCUGUUAUCGCCUUCAUCAUCGCAGCGGUGAGAUACGUGGGACACAACAACAAGAAAGAGAAUGGCAACCCUGGGCAGGACCUGGUCUCUAAACUGGAGAACCCAGCGUUGUACUACAGCGCAGUCAAGAAGGACAAACAAAAUCUGAGGAAGAAAGUGCUUAAGACAGAGCUUCUGGGCUCAAAGUUUAACUCCAUUCUAGAGGAGAGCACGGGAGAAGAGGGGGAUUAUCAGUCUGUGGGCUCUUUGGCAGACCUGGAGAGGCAAGAGCUGAACUACGCAGCCCUGGAGUUCCUGGGGGGGCGCUCCAGGGAUGGGGGGGCCUCGGGCAGAGGCGAUGAGCGCAGCGACUACUCCGAGAUCAAGGCCAAAUGAACCGCCAUCCUUCCCUGACCCCUCGUCACCGCGGGACACAGCGGCAGCCUCACGUCGUACGCCCCCUCUUCAAACAUCUUCCCCCCUCUCUCCCAGACAUCCCAUUUUUCACCAAGGUCCCACGUCACCUCCCCCCGUCCCUGACCUUGUCAACCCCCCGGCCUCCAGGGGGAGCCCCAGUCACAUCUCACCACCCAGGACUGCUGGUAGCUACUUGCAGGGCCGAAACAAGGCCCAGUGGACAAUGUAAAAAGCUCUCUGUAUUAUCAGCAGCUGUCUGUCUGUCUCCCAGCUCUUAUACUAAUCAUUACAGUGCAUUCACUCUAAACAAUGCUGAUUGGCAGGCGUUGGGUUACUUAGUUGGGUUGUUUCAUUUACCCACUUUGACCAUCCAUAAUAGUAAAUAUAAUUCUGGUUCAUCUGGUCUUAUGUCAUCACAUGCAAUGAUUGGACACUGACACUCCUUUAGCUUUGACAGAAACUAAAUGUAUGAGCUCCCUAAGAGCUUAUGCACAUUCCAUGGCUUUGAACAUUGUAUCUCAAUGUUGGUACAUGUAAAUAUUAACCUAAUGCAUUUUAUUGUCAUUAUAUUUAUGGGACAAUUGAAAUUGCAGUGUAUACACUUAAACAUACUAUCGAAUGUGCCCCGAAAAAGUGAAAACCACAUUCCCUGAAAAAAAACCCACCAGAUGUUUCAACCCAUCUGAUACUUAAACAAACCCAUGUUUAGGUAUUCCAAAUAAACAUAAAUAUAUCAUGUCAUUCACUCAAACUCAAGCCAACUGUCUAGGUUUUCAUUCCACCGUUUAAGUGGGUUACCAAAUAAUCUCAAUUGGGCUGUUUUUACCCCAGCACUUUUUGGGGUAUGACUUCAUGUCCCUCAAAAUGUGGAAAGUAAGUUAGCUACUGUGUUGUACAUCCUGCUCUAUCAUCUCCAUUCUCUGUUGCUCAUCCAUGUCCUCACCAUUCAUUGGUGGCAUUGCCUUCAUGUUUGGGUUACAGUACCACAUUUCCAAGGGCUUCCCCUCUGUAUGUCAGCCUACGUAGCAUGUCUUAAUCAGACGUAGACUGGUUAAACCAGACUGAAUGCAGCGCUCACCAUUGUUUCACCGUGAAAUGUAUUCAGAUCAGCAGGGCCGGCUCCAGGCAUAAGCAAAAUAAACGGUUGCUUAUGGCCCCCAGACCGCAAGGGGGCCUCCAACGGCUAGAGAGCCACUGACUGAUUUUGCUUAGGGCCCCCAAAAUGUUAGAGCCUGCUCUGCCGAUCAGUUAGUUUACGGCUUACUGAUUCCUCCUCCUAGUUUGGCCAGUCAUGGUCCUUCUCCGCUGUGUCCGCUGCCAGUCAAAGUGUCAGGGAAAGGAGUGUGUUUUGUGCAUUUUCUUUUGCGGCCAUUAUUUCUGACAUUGGAUCUAGAGAAUGAGUCACCUCCUCUCUCCUCCAGAUCCUGGUGUUGUCAACACUGACCGGUCUUAAACAAAUGUUAGAUAAACAACAAGUCCAAACCAGUCAUCUUCAUCUUGCAAUUUCUGUUACCAGUCAGAGUUCUGAAGUCCCGUGUGCUGUGACUUAAUAGGUUUUGAUGAAGAAGAUAUGAUACUUUUGUAUGUAUUUGAUUUCAUUAAAAGAGAGAAGGUGGAUACUAUUA